UGGAUGGUUUCGGCAAGUGAUCGGGCGGCAGCGCCAUCACUUUCAAAGAUGCCGCCGUCCGAGCUCCACACCACCCAUGACACAAGCGCCGUUGUGACGUCGUCGUCGGCGAUCGUGACGAUUGCCCCGGACGUCGAGUACAAAGGUCCGAUGGACACCACAGACUUAACCCACCGCCGUCGAAAGACGCGGCUCCUGCAGGCGUUGGCAGCAGGUUUGCUCGUGGUUGGCGCCGUCGUUGGGGCAUUGAUGAUCUCGUCGUCGCUGCGGGAGAUGGCCUCAGCAAAGGACAUUGCCGUGUCCGCGGGCGGGAACGACGUCAGUGUGUGCUACGACUCGUACGACUCACGCAACAUGCCCGACCACUUCCGGCGCAUCAAGGAACGCUUUGGCGCCGUCCGUACGUUCCAAACACAAGGAGCGUUCAACCACAUCGAAGUUGCGGCCCAAUCAGGGCUCCAGAUCUACGCUGGGAUUUGGAUUCAAAGCGGCAACAUCGAGGGCGACAUGGCGGCGGCAGUCUACGGCGCGAAAAAGUAUCCAGGCACGGUCAAGGCGAUCUUGGUCGGGAACGAAGAGCUCUUGAUCGGUAUCAGCGCGGGAUUUGUUAUCGAAAAGAUCAAUCGCAUGAAGCAACUCCUUCGCGAAGCCGGCGUGUGGAAUGUCCCCGUCGGGUCUGUCCAAACGGAUGGAAGUUGGUUCGCCAACCCUGGCCUCGCGGAUGCGUGCGACGUGAUGGGAGUGAAUAUUCAUCCGUUCUUCGGCGGCUCCGACGUAUCUCGUUCGCGACCGAUCGAGGACCUCAAGGUGCGCUGGCAAAACAUCAUCAACCGGUUCGGGUCGUACAAGAAGGUGGUCGUGACGGAAACGGGGUGGCCAACAAGCGGCGGUGCCGUCAACGGCCACGUGCCAUCCUCCGACAUUGCGCGGCAAUUUAUCAAUGACAUGCGGGACUGGGCAGCCGCCGGCAAUGGCGGCGACAUGCCCGCCUACUUUAUGUUCCACGACAACCCGACCAAAAACAUGGAUUUCGAAAAAGCAUUUGGGCUGGCGUGGUCGAACGGCGCAUGGAAAUUUGAUUUCAACGGCGCGCAGCAACCGCGCCCGCCGUCGGAAAUCAAGGGCGUCGUGUUCGUGAACAAGGCUAACGACAAGGUCCUGGCGGCUGCGCCGAACCGAGCCGUCGAGUUUCACGCGCGGUGGGGCAACGACUGGGUUUGGGACUGGGCGUCGCAAUGGACGAUCCGCGGCCCGCUCGUGGUGACUUGGGACGCGGCCAACAAAGUCGAUUUGUGCCUGGACGCGUACCAGCCAUGGAAUGGCGGCGCCGUCCAUCUGUGGCCAUGCGAUGCCAACAACGGCAACCAAAAGUGGGCGUACGACGGCAAUACCAAGCAACUCCGCCACGCGACGCACAACGGGUUUUGCCUCGACAUGGCCAACCCCGCGGGCGGCACCCCCCACUUGUGGUCGUGCCACGAUCCGUGGGUGUCAUGGGUGACGCUGCAACAGUUUGAAUGGUGGACAAAGUAGUUUGUAUAGCGCAAGUGUCGAAACUUCUGCUGUUAAUGUGAUCACAGUACCGUGUUUUCUCGCGUACCAACGCCUCCAAACAACAACCCUGGACGCAUGCCCGGUA